AUGGCUCUGGUUAUAGGGCUCCUUGUCCUCUCUUCACUUUUCUCUCUUCCUAGCGUCGUUCACGCCUCGCCAUACAACGAACAACUUAUCCAAUACAACCUCAACCUUAAUAAAACCGCUACCUCACCACUCGACUACUACACCAACCGCACAAAUACUACAUACACUCCAUCUCCAUCUAACUGGCGUUCUCUCCCAAUAUACACCGUUCUCCUCGAUAAAUUUGCCAACGGAGAACCGUCCAACGAUGACUUUUUCAAGACGCCGUAUGAAUCCGAUUGGAGAGAGACGCAGUUGCGGUUUGGCGGUGAUCUGAAGGGAAUGGGUGAUGAUCGAAUGUUGGAUUAUCUGCAGGGAAUGGGUGUUCGGGUGAUCUACGUUGCUGGGACAAUUUUCUUGAACGAGAUUUGGGAGGCAGAUGGUUAUUCUCCGUUGGAUUUUUCCGUGCUCGACCCGCAUUGGGGUACAUGGGAUGAGUGGGUAGAAACAAUCGAUAAGAUCCACGCUAGAGGAAUGUAUUUCAUGGCAGAUUUCACGGUCGGAACUAUGAGUGAUUUGAUUGGGUUCAAAGGAUUCCUCAAUACAACUGCGCCCUUUUCAUUAUCCGAGUACGACGCCGAAUAUUUGAAACCUGGCUACAUACCUUGGAAUUUCACGGAUUAUAAAGAUUUUCAAAUCUCGAACGAUCGUAACACAUCCUGCGUCCUCCCCCAAUUCUGGAACGACGAUGGCACCCUCAUCGUCAACAUAACCUCUAAUGGGUGCCUCGAAUCUGACUUUGACCAUUACGGCUCCAUUGAAGCUUUCGGUGUGUUCCCUGACUGGCAGCGCCAGCUGUCGAAAUUCGCUGGAGUCCAGGACCGAUUGAGGGAAUGGAAGCCGGGAAUGAUAGACAAGUUGAAAAUGUUUAGCUGUAUGGUUAUACAGGCAUUGGAUAUAGAUGCAAUUAGAGUGGAUAAAUCGUUGCAGGUGACAUUGGAGGCACUGGCAGAGUGGAGUAAUGCGACAAGGGAGUGUGCGAUUGGUGUCGGGAAGGAAAAUUUCUAUAUCGCGGGUGAAGUCACAGGAGGCGAUACCUUUGGCGCAUUGUACCUCGGUCGCGGCCGUACGCCGAGCAUGCGUCCCGACUCUAUCGCUACAGCAGCCAACGUCACUUCAUCUGACGCCCAGUAUUUCCUUCGUCCAGAGGGUUACAACGCUCUCGAUGGAUGUGCUUUCCACUACUCCAUCUAUCGUUCCUUGACGUCGUUUCUCGGCAUGGAUGGUAACCUCCAAGACGCGUACGACCUUUCUUCGGACUCUUUUAUCACAGCCUGGAACGAGAUGUUCGUUAACGACGAUUUCAUCAACUCCAACACUGGUGUGAUUGACCCACGGCAUAUGUUUGGCACAAGUAACUUCGACGUGUUUAGAUGGCCUAGUCUGAGCGAUGGUGCGAGGAGAGGGAUGUUAGGCGCGUUUGUUACAGGGAUGCUCAUGCCGGGAGUUGUUAUGUAUUACUACGGAGAAGAACAAGAUUUCUAUACAUACGACUCCACGGCGAACAAUUAUCUCUAUGGCCGUCAAGCAAUGGUCUCCUCCCGUGCCUGGCUCAACCACGGCUGCUAUCACCUCGGUUCUCAACAAUAUUUCAACAUGCCUCUCUCCCGCUCUCUCCUCGGCUGCUCCGAUCCUUCCGUCUCCCUCGACCACUUCGAUCCUACCGCUCCCACUCGUCAUCUCUUCACUCAAUUUAAUUUCCUUCGUAGUACCUACACCGCGCUUCAAGACGGGUUUACUUUAACACAGUUGGGUAAUUGGACAUAUGAGAUUCAAAGGCCUGGAUCAGGAGGUGUGAGUACGGAGAUGGGGUUAUGGAGUAUUUCAAGGGAAGGAAUGCAGAACGUGCAAGUACUCAAUGGGACACACAAUGGAACUGUCUGGAUGUUCAUGACGAAUGAGAACGUCACGAAGAGUUAUGACUUCAAUUGCUCGACGAAUCCGGAUUGGAUCAAAGCUCCGUACCCUGUUGAACCUGGGAACUCCACAGGUGCUGUAGUACGGAAUUUGCUCUACCCGUUCGAGAACUACACUCUUCAGGCCUCGCUCUCGCCGUACUUUAACGAUGGCAACGCUCCAUAUUUCGGAUGUUUAGAAAGCAUCACGAUGGACCCGUAUGGAUUCAAGGUUCUGGUGGUGGAUAGUGAUUGGGUAGGGGCACCGCCGGUGUUGACAUUGUUCACUCCUGGGCAUGAUGCGAGACUUCUUUCAGCGUCAUCUAGUUCGAACGGGUUGGAUAAUGUGGAUAUAUCGCUCGGGUUCAACUUGGAUAUGGACUGCGACAGUGUGACGAACUCUAUAACCUUGAAUAUGUCCACCUCAGGACAUGGGUCAGCUCCUUUGAUUGGAAAUGUCAGCUGCUUGUCGGUUAGUCCUUUUAAUUCAACAGGCCUGUCGGGUGUGCCUCAAACAGCCUGGGUCUGGAAUGCUACUUUGACGAAUUUCCCGGACGGGCUGUUGACGAUUACGGUAGCCAAUCCGACAUCAGCUGUAGGAAUUGAAACUGGGGCAACAGACCAUCUCAUCCUUAGAAAAGGCCAAUCAGGAAACGUCAUGGUCUUCCCAGACAGUGAUUACAACAACUCUGCCUUAACAUUUGCUGACAAUGAAUACAAGUACACCCACUCUGCAUUUGGCGCUGACCAAUUUCGGUAUUCGAUGGAUUUUGGGCAGACGUGGACGAAUUGGACUGAAUGGGAGGAUUUGACGAGUCUGAAUACCUCAUUCUUCGCGGGCUCGAACAUGUUCUGGGAUGGGGUUCAUGUUAUGAUUCAAUAUUGGAGCCAAGCUACGAUGACUACUGAAAACGUUGUUCAAGCUGACGCGGGAGGAUAUACCGGUCCGCCUCGACGAGUUCCUCAGUUCCUCGCUCGAGGAGAUUUCAAUGAAUGGGGAAAUAAUCAAGGGGUCGAUAGCCAAUUCACCCUAAAUACGGCUUCCUCUUCGUCCCUGAGUACGGGUAGCAGUGGCAACUUAUGGGAGCUAAAGAUAAUGGCUGCUUGGCCUACAUUUGUCCAGUUGAAUGUCUGGGGAUUCGACGUAGCAGACUAUUACUACGGCGAUACAGAUGGCGAUGGAGUCCUAGACCGUCUUCCUCCCAAUACCGAGGCACCAAAUUAUGUCAACAUGUCCGCCCCGCCGUAUCCGUACCUCUCUUGGUCUAUUCUCGUAGAUGACACCACUAUGCGAUGGACCCUUCAGCCAAGAGGUCGUUCAGCAAUCAGUAUGGUCGUCUACAGCCUCUUGGUGUCUGUCCCUUUGAUCACUGCAACUCUUGCGGUGCUGAUCUUCAUGAUCGCCUUCUAUGGCGUGGAGCACAAUAAGUAUGGCGUUGCAUUAAAAUCCAAGUAUCUUCCUGUCUUCUGGGAUCGCAAGGCCCAGACGGUCACCGAUCUCAAUAGCGAAUUGGGUUUAGUUGAUGAGAAGCUGGUGAAUGCCGCUCAUGACAAGAAAGGUAAACAUCUUGCUAUAGGCUGGCCGGAGGACACAAACAAGACACGCAGGACGGUUCUAAUUGCGACGCUCGAAUACGAAAUCAUCGACUGGAAGCUCAAAGUCAAGAUCGGCGGGCUAGGCGUGAUGUCUAGUUUGAUGGGAAAAGCCAUGACCGACGUUGACCUGAUCUGGGUCGUUCCCAAGGUCAAAGACUUGGAAUAUCCCGCAGGCGACCCUGACGAUCCUAUCGAGGUCGUCAUCUUCAAUGAAACCUAUCUCGUCGACGUCGAGGUCCACGUCUUUGACCAUAUCACCUACGUGAUCAUCGACUCCCCUGUAUUUCGGGCUCAGACAAAGGCGGAUCCGUAUCCAUCACGGAUGGAUGAUCUUAGCUCUGCGAUUUUUUAUUCCACAUGGAACCAAGCCAUCGCAGCGACUAUCCGUCGGUACCCUCAUAUUGACAUCUACCAUAUCAACGACUAUCAUGGUGCUUUGGCACCCAUCUACCUCCUACCCAAAGUUUUUCCUGUUUGUCUGUCUCUGCAUAAUGCAGAGUUUCAAGGCUUAUGGCCGUUAAGGACGAAGGAGGAGAUGAGGGAGGUUUGCUCAGCUUUCAAUAUCUCCAAAAAACAUUGUGUCAAAUAUGUUCAAUUCGGAAACACUUUUAAUCUGCUACACGCCGCUGCAGAGUUUGUAAGCUUGCAUCAAAAAAGCGUGGGUGUUGCAGGAGUGUCAGAUAAAUAUGGAAAGAGGAGCUGGGCUAGAUAUCCCGCACUGUGGACUCUUAAACAUGUCGACUCUUUACCCAAUCCUGACCCUACCGAUAUUGCUGCGUUGGAUGAGAAACCAAUCAAAUCAAAAGGGGUGAAAGUCGAUAGGAUAGCGGAGAAGGCCCGCCCGGAGUCGAAGAGACAGGCACAAGAGUGGGCAGGGAUUGAGCAAAAUCCCAACUCGAAUCUUUUUGUGUUUGUUGGACGAUGGUCGAAGCAAAAGGGUGUUGAUUUGAUUGCAGAUGUUAUGCCUGGAUUACUAGAAAAAGAUGAAUCUAUCCAACUCAUUACAGUCGGUCCCGUCAUUGACCUUUAUGGACGACUCGCUGCGGAAAAGUUAUCACGGUUAAUGGAAAUGUAUCCUGGCCGUGUGUACUCGAAGCCUGAAUUUACAGCGCUCCCGCCAUAUCUGUUUAGCGGAGCCGAUUUUGCACUGAUUCCUUCCAGAGAUGAGCCUUUUGGAUUGGUCGCAGUUGAAUUUGGACGAAAGGGUGCACUAGGUGUGGGUAGUAGGCUUGGUGGAUUGGGAUUGAUGCCUGGAUGGUGGUUCCCUGUUGAAUCGAGCUCAACUUCGCAUAUGUUGUCACAACUCACGAAAACUAUCAAGAUGGCUUUGAAGUCAACCGAAGAAGAGCGUGCUUUCCUUCGUGCCCGGUCUGCAAUUCAACGGUUUCCCGUAGUAGAAUGGCGCCAACGUAUCGAAGACUUUCACCGUAGGAGUAUCAUAAUAAGUCGGGAACUUGCUAGAGCGAACGCAUGGAGACCAAGCGAUGGUUACGCAUUUUACGAAGCCGCAAAUGACCCGAACGAAUGGGAUCCAGAACUGGAGGUUUAUCACACAGGCCCUAGAUCAGGAAUCAGUAGUCGCAAUUCAAGCGCCAGGGUCUCGGUGGAGGCCUUGGUCCCCAUCACAAACACCAACGAACCUCUACAUCUUCAUCCUCCCUCUGAAUCCCACCAGGACAGUGAAAGCAACCGUAACUCUUACAUAUCUGAUCCCGGAGAUGAGCUUCAUGCCGCUCUAGACGGGGUUUCUGAGGCUCAACAAUCUACAGACUAUGAAAACUUUCUGGAACGAGUCAAUCGAAUGGUUGCACGGGACCGUCGAAGAGUACCUGAUCCUUUCCUUGACGGAAGUAGUACGAGGAUACGGCUUGGAGGACACUCCCGCACAGAAUCUUCGGAGUCGAUAGCAUCCAUCGUCGAGACCAAAUCGGAUUCUCCCUUGAAUAAGGCUAUCGCUUCGUUCACUGAUGCCGACGGUGGGGUUACUGCAGAGUUUGUCACCCGUUUAGGAAAUCUCAAUGCCAAGAAUUCCGAGCAUGGACUUUCAAUCGAGAAAUACUUGAUCAAAAGCGAAGAAGCAUUUUUCGACAAAGUGCGGCGCAAGAGAUUGUCUAGCGCCAGUGCGAGUAUCAAGUCCAAACGCUCCUCGUUCUGGGGAAGCAGUGACUCAUUGAGUGCAUCUUCUUUACCAAGCACUCCUGCCGAGGCCAUCCCGUUCAAUGAAUCUAUGGCGCUUCAGAAGACUCCUCCUGAAAUCCCGAUGAAUCGUCUCCAAAUUGCCCUUUCUCGCGAGAUCAAAGGAUGGCCCCUCUAUACUCUAGUCAUUGCUCUUGGCCAGAUGCUGAGUGCUACAAGCUUCCAGAUGACCCUUCUUACCGGACGAAAUUGGCAAAGCAACACUCAACUUUACAUCAUUGGGAGUAUUUUCCUCGUUGCUUCAACAGUCUGGUAUCCGCUCUGUCGUCUUAAACCUACACGUUACGCUCUCUCUCUACCCUGGAUUUUCUUCGGAAUCGCGUUUUUCCUGAUAGGAUUACCUUCCGUCAGUGGUUCUUUGCACAGUGCUCAUGCAAUGCUAUCAAACAUCGCGACGUGGUGCUAUGCUGUGGCGUCAGCGGCAGGGUUCUUGUUCUUUGCACUAAAUUUUGGAGAGGAAGCAGGUGCUGCGACGGAGAUUUGGGUACUCCGGGCUUGUAUAGUCCAAGGUUCGCAACAAAUCUGGGUAGCUGCCCUCUGGUACUGGGGAUACACAUUGAAUAAUGAGUCUGCAUCAUACACCCCGCCGUGGUGGCUGACUGUCAUCGUUUGGCCGUUGUCAUUCAUGAGUUUUUCUUUCGGUUUCAUUCUGUUCCAUGGUCUUCCAGAAUACUAUCGUCAAACUCCUCCUAAAGUAUCACACUUCCUUACAACAUUAUUUCGUCGAAAGCUUGUAAUCUGGUUCCUUGUUUCGGAAGUGCUGCGCGAUUAUUGGUUGAGUGGACCGUAUGGUUUGAAUUGGACGUAUCUCUGGAAUGUGAACAUGCCAAAACUGCAUAUUUUCUUACUUAUCUUGGCAUUCUUUGUUGGCGUAUGGGCAGUUAUGCUUGCAGUGCUGAGUCAUUUUAGCAAGACACAUACGUGGCUGCUCCCAGUGUUUGCAGUUGGUCUAGGUGCUCCGAGAUGGUGUCAGAUGCUUUGGGGAACAUCGUCGCUGGCGACUUACGUCCCAUGGGGUGGAAAUGCUGGCCCGUAUCUUGGCGUUGGUUUAUGGUUGUGGCUUGGUGUCCUUGAUGCCGUUCAAGGUGUUGGUCUCGGAAUGAUCCUACUUCAAACCCUUUCCCGACUACACGUCACCGCAACACUCGCGUUCUCUCAGAUUAUUGGAUCUGCGGUGGUCAUGAUAGCUCGUGCCACUUCACCGGACGGAGUGGGACCUGGACCUGUCUUUCCAAACCUUGGAACAUGGAAUCCUGCUACGGACGGCUUGAAGGGAUCACCUAUAGUAGAACCUUUGUUCUGGGUUGCGCUGGGAUGUCAACUCAUCAUUGUUGCUGGCUACUUUUGGUUUUAUCGUCGGGAAGAGCUUGCACGACCUUGA